AUGAUAGAGCAGUUGAAAAAAGAAAUUGAAGAAACAAAGAAAGACAAUGUUGAUGCACCACUACAUACUAACGAAGAAAAGUUAAUGGAAUUGGAGGAACAAACAAACAAACUCCAAAAUAUGCAUGACAUAAUUCAAAAAAGAAACGAAGAACUCGAGAAAGAAAACACUGAAAUGAGAAGAAUAAUAGAUGAACUUAACUUAAAAGAAGAAAAUGACAAAAAGUUUAAAGAAGAAAUUAUUCAAAAAGAUAAAGAAAUUGAAGAAAUGAAACAGAAAAAUAAAGAGAUAGAAGAUAUGAUUAAUGACAAGAAGGAAAAGACAAAAAGAAUGGAAGAGGAAAUUAACAAAAUGAAAGGAAUAAUUGAAAAAAAAGAAAUUGAAGAGAAAACAUUCAAAAGAAUGAAAGAAGAAACAGAAAAGAAAAUAAAAGAAGAAGUUAGUCAAAAAGAAAAAAGGAUAAAUGAAUUAGAAAGAAAAAUAGAAAUAUUUCAAAUAGAAAACAUUGAACUUGUUCAACGAAGACUAAAAGAAAAGAGGGAAAUAAUAUGGAUGAAUCAAAUUGUUCCAAAGAAAGAAAUAAAAACAACAGAAAAGGAAGAAGAAACAAGCAAGUAUAAAGCAGAAAUAACAGAAGUAAGAUUUAUUCAAUCAGUUAUUCCAUUUAAAGUUAUUGAAAGAAAAGAAAGAGAAGAUGUAGAUAUUAUCGGAAUGAAAGGAAUGAAUUUGGUAGUUGAAAAUAGAAAAGAAUUCAAAAUUAUUGAAAGAAAUGGGGAAGAAAAUGAAAGGAUUAGUAUUGAAAAGCUUAAUGGACAAUAUAUUUGUAGUUGUUUAAGUUUAGAACAGAAAGAAAUAAUGUUUUGUAUGAAAGAAGGUAUUUAUUCAAAAAUUUAUUUCUGUGACUUGAAUAAAAAAGAAAUUGAAAGCACAAACUGUUCAUCUCCCGGAAGAAUUAUUUCUUGUACUCCAUUAGAUGAAUAUAAUUAUAUUUUUGUUGAACAAAACAGUUAUACUAUUGUUAAUGCCAUUAAAAAAAACUUAACAACUUCUAUUUCAUAUACUGCAAAUAACAUUAUUAAAUUAGUUACUUAUAAUGGAACCAUCUAUUAUAUUUCUGAAAUAAAUGAUUCACAAAAAUUAGUUAUUGUAAAAGGUUCAAAUAAAACAAUUAUAUCCUUAGACAAAAAUAUUAUUUCAAUGGAUGUAGGAUAUCAAUGUUUAUUCCUUAUUGCAACAUCAUCAUUAUAUUGUUUUGAUAUAAACACAAAACAAUUCGUUAAUGAAUUGUCAUUAACAGAUUUUAAAUCUCCAAGUAUUAUUGCUACAUCUCAUAACCAUAGAGUGGUUGCUAUCGGGUGUUGUAAUGAUGUUAUAGUAUUUUGGGAUGCAUGUAUCAUGGAUGCAACUAAGUCAGUUAAACUAUUUACUUUAGACCCUCUUCUUGUCAAUUCAAAACGACCAGAAAUAACAAAAAUCCUUUGGAAUGAACAAGGAGAUGCAUGCUCUGUUUCUUGUGGGUUCCAAAUCUUUAUUGCAUCCAACGACAAUUAA